GACGUCUUCCAGGGACCUUCACUCAGCUUGAAGAAAGCAGAGAGUAAUAUCCGUCUCUCUCUCUCUCUCUCUCCAACGCCGUUUCUCUCUCAACGAUGCUCUGUUGCAAGACAUCGGCGCUGGUGAUGCUUGUCAUGACGUCAUCACUUCAUCUCUCCGCCUCCGAGAUGAAUCAGAACGCCAGCAUCGAGGAGAGAAUCACGCAGCUUCUCUCCCCCCUUGAGCACGCCUUCGCCAACCGAAGUGGGUCUCAGACAUCAGCUUCCAGUCGCGUUCAUGUGUCGGGUUCCUCCGUUUCGAAUGAGGGGAUUGUUAUAGCCGUCGGCUUCCUCAACCCCGGAGCUUCUUCUGUCCAGUCUGUAAUGCAGUGGAAGCCUGAAGUCCCCGUUUUAUCUGACAUCACGAUUCAGUUCUGGUUCAGGCUGCAACAUACUUCGGCCGAUGUCAAUGUAAUUAUGAAUUACUUCAAAGAAAACGAUGAUAUUUGCCUGUAUCACGACAGAGAAAAUAAAGAGGUAAUUCUAGAUGCUCAAGCCUACAAAAUAUCGGCGAAGGUUGAUGUACCUCCUUAUACUUGGACACACUUUCUCGUCACCCUCGGUCUGGUCUCCGCUGAAUACUACGUCCAGAUGAAUGGUCGGAAAUUGGCCAGUAGAUUGGAAGUGAACAACAAGACCAAGGAAAGGAAACCGGCUGGUGGUGGAGGCGUCCUUCUGCUCGGCCGGAAGCAAGGGAGUCAAGACGAUCAGAGUUCUUCCCUUGAAAUAGCCGAAUUUUGCAUUUUUCCCACGCUGCUGUCAGAAUCCGGCGAUAUUUUAGACUGCGGUGUCAAUGGAGGUGGAAGGGCUUCGGCUAUAGUUACAACAAACAGAAUAAUAGACUGGUUUAUACAAGGUGACAUUAGGAUUUUCAGUGUUUCAAGACGACAGCUGCUUCGUAAUUUAGAAGGCCCAGAGUCCUCGUUCCUAGAAAAUAGUCUGUCUGAAGAAAACUUGUGUCUAAUUUUCGGUCUCUCAAUGACAGACAAAAGUGGAGUAGAGAAAAAUAUCAUGAACAAAAAGGCAUCACCUAAUCUUAAAUGUCUCCCGUCACACAACGCUCUACAAAUUUAUGGACUAUGCAAGGUAUCACAUUUAGACCGAGAGCUUUAUAUUCAGGGUAUGUUUAACCAGAAACCCGAGUUUCACGGCGCCUACACCAAGUUAUGGUGGGACAACGCCACUUGGACCUUGACCAGCCGCCUCGUGCCGCAACUAGAGGCAAAGAUGGUACAAAAUAAUCCGGACAACCUCCCUAUGGGCCUCCGUCAGUGGCGCAUCUCAGGUGACGGAUGCCCUGCUGGGGAAGUGGACUUGCUACUCACAAUGUGUGCAGAGGAAAGCUUCACUUGCAACGACGGAACCUGCGUCGACAUGAGCCAGCGCUGCGACCUCCGCGCCCACUGCGACGACGGCAGCGACGAGAUGGAAUGCGACAAAGUGUUCGUGGGAAGCGACUACGAGAAGACGCUUCCUCCGCCGCCGCCGGAGACCGAGGACGUCCUCAAUGUCACGCUCUCUUUGGUCACUCACGCUGUUCACGAUUUGGAUUUACUUGCUCAAACGGUCAGAUUGGAUGUUCUGUUGAUAUCACAGUGGGAAGAUGCCAGGCUUCAAUAUGCUGACCUCCAUUCUGAACAAUUUAGAAAUGAGAUUCAAGACCCAGACCGUCUGUGGCAGCCACGCUUCACGGUCACCGAUGACACUGGCAGUCGUGUGAGAAUAGAGGAACGAGGGUCUUCCCUGAGGGUGCUGCGAGGCUCGAGCCCUCUGCCGAGAGAAAACAUUCGUGCUCUCAAAGCAACUGUUUAUCCGGGAAAGGGGAACGUCUUGUUUCUACGGCAAGAGUUAAGCAUUGCGUUCCAGUGCCAGUUUGACCUUCGGUGGUUCCCCUUCGACGUCCAAAGAUGUUCUAUCAACUUGAGGUUUGCUGCCAUGGAGUCCAAACUGCUCAGAAUGCUGGGAACAAAGGCCAAGUAUCUUGGACAAACGAAACUCCACGAGUAUAAGGUUGAAUUUAUAGAUAUGACGGAAGAAAAGCAAGAAAAUGGUCAAAGGGUCACCCUGUGCCUGACGAAUUUGUUCGUCUAUUAUCUGGUCAACUCUUACUUACCAAGUUUCCUCCUGGUCAUCAUCAGUUACUCCACCUUCUACUUUCCUCUCGAAGGCUUCAAUGAGCGCAUCAUGGCCAACAUAACGGCCAUGUUGGUGUUAGUCGCCCUCUUCCAGCAACCCUGCAGCACCAUCCUCAAGACAACAUACCUGAAACUGAUCGACGUCUGGUACAUGAUCUGUAUCGUCGUCGACUUCAUCAUGGUCAUUUUACUUGUCAUCAUCGACUACAUCCGUAACACCGGUGACGGCGUUACCAAAAUCUUCCCGGCUUCGGCAGGCGUGAAGCCCCUCUUCGCUGUGGAAAAUUGGCCUAAUGCGCGGAAAUUUAACACGAUCGCCAAAGUGAUGCUGCCUCUCCUGUUCCUGCUUCUCUUCGGGGUCUACGGAUUCUUCUCGACCAUUCAGUAUGCCACCGGAUGAGAGGAUGACUUUGUACUUGGACAUGGCGAUGACGACGGGACUACACGGCAGACACUAAUGACUCACCUUCGUAUUUCGAUCAAGUAGCAUAUUACGACACAAUUAUGUAAGGUU